UUUCCUCAGAAAACCUGUAAAGUAUCUUGAGCCUCAGUGUUGACGUGGCUGCAGCUGACAGACAGAGGAAGAGUGAUGCUCUGCAUCAUGUCUGGAGGAGGAAGUCAUUCGAUUCAUGAGCAAAAAGUGUGAAAAGUUGCAGCAGCAAAUCCUCACAACUUCAUCAUGAACAUCCAUCCCAGUUUGGUCUGCUUCUUCUUCUUCUCUCUGCAGGUCAGUUCUGCCAAUUCUCUGAAACACAUAUAUGGAGCUGCUGGAGAAGACAUCAGAGUUACAUGUGGCAUUUUUCUGUUUGACAACUGGAAGAUCUUCUGCAUGGAAAACUGUUCAGGAGGAAACCUUCUGAUUAGUACAAGUGAAAACAAAGCCAAGAUUGGAAGGUACAGCAUUGAAUUUGUUAGAGAUACUCCUUUGGGGUUUUUUCUUUUCUAUGUGAGCAUCUCAGAGCUGAUCCAGUCCGACUCAGGGGGGUACAGAUGUGGUUUGGGCGCCUCCUUGUCCUCAGCUUUAUACCAGGACUUCAGACUUGUAGUUAAAGAUGUCCACCCCUCACUCUCCACUCCACCAACCAGAGGCUGUUUGAGCUCCAGUUCAGGAAGCUUCACAGCUUCAGCUUCCUCUGAAACCACAGAUCUGCCUGUUCUGACUAAGACGAACACAACAACAUCUAAAGGUGCACCAAACCACACAGGGUCUGCAAAUGUUCUGCGGUAUGUGGCUCUAACUUUGGUUAUCAUCAUCAUCUUGUUAUCUGUGGCUCUGCUGGUUUGCUGCCGAAAAAGACCUGAGAAACAUCACACAGAGAACACUCCUGCCACUGAGAACUCCAGAAUGAAUAAAGACGGCACAGAAGAAUAUCAAGAGUGGAAAUCUGCUAAUGUGGAAAUCUACUCAUCUUACAGAGAAACCACAAACACCAAACCAACAGAAGCUGAAACUAACCAGAGCUGCAGCUCUGUAACUGCAACCACUUCUCAGCACCAAGCUGAAGAUGACUCAACUAAAGUCAUCUAUGCAAAAGUGAAGUUCUCCAACAGAAAGGUGGUGUCUCCUCCCAGAGCUUCCUGCAGUACCAUAAAUGAUGUUAUCUACGCUGAGCCUCGGGUGGAUAAAACCAGCCAUAAUGAGCUGGUUUACUCCAACACAACUUAGCUUCAACUCUGCUGCGGCCAUUUUUAUCCUCGCAGAUCAACAGGAAGCUAGAGGCUGAGCGGUGCAAACCUAUGCGGGCCGACCUUAGGGAUGAAUGGAGCAGACCUAAAAUGAGUCCAACUCCAGUCCUGCUCCCAGCUGCAGGCCAAGAGUAAUCACACACCUGGAUCCCAGUCCACUAAUCACUCCACCCUGCUUAAACGCUCCUUGGUUUCUAUCUGAACUCUUUAGUUUCUAAUCACAUCUUUGAUUUUUUAUUUGUAUAUACUUUAGUUUCUCCCGAGCCUCAGUGUUACUGAUUUGGAGUCUGUGUUACAAGGCAAGUUAUGUUUUAGUCAUGUUUUAAAUCACUAGAAAUUAAACUUACUAAAGUUACUAAAUCACUUUAUCACCUUAUUUGCAGAUUUCAACAUGAACAUUUUUUAAAUGUGUAAUAAAAGCUAAUUCAGAGCAUCAAUCUUAGAGCAGGGUGGAAAUACCACAGCUAACAUCUUAUUUACACCAUUGUCUUUCUUUCUGAUAUUUAAAAUAAAGUUUUCUCA